UCUCAAGCAGCAGGGGAAUCUGCGCUUGCAGAAAACAUAAGAGAAUCUAGUUUAGUAAUUACCCAAUCAGGACCCAAGACCUAUGUACUCUUUAACUUCCGACAGUAACACCUACGACCAGAAUCUCCUUUUCUUAAUACGUGCAACACAUUCAUCUUUGGCAAGAACACAAAAACAGUCACCAUGAGCACCACAGGCAAAGUUAUCAGAUGCAGAGCAGCCAUAGUUUGGAAUCCUGGUGAUCCAUUUUCUAUUGAAGAGGUAGAAAUGGCCCCACCAAAGGCAAAAGAAGUCCGAAUAAAGAUCAUGGCCACAGGACUCUGUGGUACAGAGAUGAAAAUGUUGAAGAGUGAAAACAUUCGCCUACAUUAUCCCAUCAUUAUGGGUCACGAAGGGGCUGGUAUAGUCGAGAGUGUGGGAGAAGGAGUGAGCUCAGUGAAAACAGGUAUGAAUGGGCACUGGGGGUUAUCACAAUGUGGAGAAUGUGCCUCUUGCCUGAAUUUUGAGGACAAUUUUUGUAUACAAUUCAAACAGGCACAAACCAAUCUGAUGCCUGAUGGUACCAGUAGAUUCACCUGCAAGGGAAAAUCCAUAUAUCAUUUCGCUAAUACAAGCACAUUCUCUGAGUACACAGUGAUAAAGGAAAUAUCAGUCACCAAGAUUGAUGCAACUGCUCCUCUGGAAAAAGUAUGCCUGUUUAGCUGUGGUUUUUCCACUGGGUAUGGUGCUGCAAUCAAUACUGCCAAGGUGACUCCAGGCUCUGUCUGUGCCGUGUUUGGCCUGGGAGGAGUUGGCCUGUCUGUCAUCACGGGCUGCAAAGCAGCAGGGGCAGCCAGGAUCAUUGGUGUGGACAUCAAUAAGGAAAAAUUUAAGAAGGCAAAGGAAAUGGGUGCCACGGAGUGCAUCAACCCACAGGACUUCAAGAAACCCAUUCAAGAAGUUUUAUUUGAUCUGACAGGUUCUGGGGUGGAAUUUUGCUUUGAGGCCAUUGGCAAUCCAGACACUGUGGCAGCUGCCCUGGCCUCCUGCCAUGAGAGCCAUGGGGUCUGCGUGAUUGUUGGGCUGCUGGCUGCUGGUGCUCAACUCAGUGUCGAUGGCCACUUGUUCUUCUCAGGACGUUCCUUGAAGGGAUCUGUGUUUGGAGGCUGGAAGAGCAGAGAACACAUCCCCAAACUGGUUUCUGAUUAUAUGGCACAGAAGUUUAAUCUUGAUGCACUAAUCACCCACACUCUGGAUCUCGGUAAAAUCAAUGAAGCAGUUGAAUUAAUGAAAACUGGAAAAUGCAUCCGCUGUAUCCUGUUACCUUAAGCACGUCAUCUGUGUGAGGUCUGCAGCGUCCUG